AUGACGCAGCAGAGCCAGCCGUACCCCAUACCCUGGGGUCUUCACUAUCAGCAUACCAGAGAGACGGCCACCCCUAGCUCAACAGCGCGCCCCUACGAGCACACUCACUCGCACCCCCCAGCACAACUCUACAGCAGGCACCAUACGCACACUCUUCUAGAGACGCCAACACCAUGUAAAGGUGAAGGGGAGGAGACGAGACCUGAUUACAGAACCCACUACUCAACACAACUGCAAAGAUGCAAUCCCUCUUAUAAGUGUACAGAGGAGGUCCCAGAGGACCCUCGAGACAGAGAGGAGGUAUCCAGCAGUGCGGAGCAUCACCAACAUUGGGAUGAGAAACUCGUGAGCAGUUCUCUGUGCUCUGCGCCCACGCAUACGGCACGUAAUGACGCAGCAUCCCCCCACCAACACGUCACUACCACACAUGCAGGUGGUGGUCGGCGCGGCGCGUUACAACUCUGGCAGUUCCUCGUGUCUCUGCUGGCAGAAGGCGCGCGAUGCGUUGCCUGGACUGGCAGAGGACUGGAGUUCAAGCUCCAUGAACCUGAAGAGGUAGCACGUCGGUGGGGCGCUCAGAAGAACCGACCCGCCAUGAAUUAUGACAAGCUGUCACGCUCACUGAGGUACUACUAUGAAAAGGGGAUCAUGCAGAAAGUGGCAGGCGAACGCUACGUCUACAAAUUCGUCUGCGACCCUGAAGCACUUUUCAGCAUGGCGACGCCACCAAGAGCGCGAUCCCCACCCGCUCCCCCACCGUACGACGUUCUGUCCCAGCUCUACGGUGGAGUGGUGUAUCCUCAGUAUCUUCAGCAGCCUCAGGAGUACCAGGGCAGGCGGUACUACCAUCCUCAUGGGCAUUUAGGACAUUACGAGAGUUAG